AUGGCGUCAAGCUCCAGCGCUGGUUCCUCCAACCCUCUCCUUGGGAUCCAAGUUACUGAGAAGCUGACCAAGAACAACUUUGUGCUAUGGCGAGCGCAAGUUCUCACGGCCAUCCGCAGUGCUCGUCUUGAAGGCUAUGUCACCGGCAAGGUCGUCGCUCCCGAAGCCGAGAUCGACGAGAAACAAGCUGACAAGGUUGUCAAGGUUUCCAAUCCGGCAUAUGAGGAGUGGUAUGCCCGGGACCAGCAGGUUCUAGGACUUAUCUUCAUGUCCGCAUCUAAGGACGUGUUGACAAGGAUCGCCAACGCUACCACCAAGAAGGAAUCCAUAUCCAUCACCGAGUACUACAGCAAGACAAAGGGGCUCGGCGAUGAGAUGGCGGCUGCAGUAAAGCCCCUCGACGACGAAGAGAUGGUCGGCUACAUCAUGAACAGGUUGGAUGCUGAGUUCAAUCCCGUGACAUCUGCUCCUAUUACAAGAGUAGAGCUGAUCACCAUGUCUGAGUUGUUCUCUCAACUAUUAAGUUUUGAGACACGGCUUGAUCUACAGCAAGGAGGAUCAUCUUCGUCUGCUAACCUAGCUAGCAGAGGAGGGCGUGGUGGCAUGCAUGGUCGCGGCGGCAAUUGA